CGGGGGCUGCUUUUCCCAUGAGCAUCGACUCAAAUCAAUAAUAAAUCUAAUCCAGCUGCAUUCUGUGGUAGAAACCUAUUUCAUGCUCUGAUAUUCUCCACCAUUGUGCCAUUGUUGACAGGUGUGCGAAGAGAGUCAGAGUGUGUGUGUGCCAUGUUAGUGUGUGUGUGUGUGUGUGUGAGAGAGAGUAUGAAUCAAAUCGCUGCUCAUCUAAUCUCUCAAAGUGACAGAGUUCCAUCAUACUGGGGGGGAGGGAGGCUUCUGCAUUUGGUCCAGCUGUAUGAAAAAAAAAAAAGAAAAAAAGAAAUGUGCUACUCCACCUAGUGCUUUCUUCACAGACGCCUGCAUGAUAAUCCCAAUCUGUGGCCAUUAGUGCACUGAGAGAACGAGCAAGGAGAGGGUUCAACAGAGAGAGAGAGAGAGAGAGAGAAAGAGAGAGAGAGAGAGAGAGAGAGAGAGAGAGAGAGAGAGAGAGAGGGAGGGGGGGGGGUAGUGCCUGGACAGAGAUGCACGCAGAGGAAAAAGAACGAAAGAGAGAGAGAGAGAGAGCUUUUAAGGGAUUUGGCAGUGAUUUGUAGAAUCUCACUGCUGUAAUGUUGCGCUUUCCCUCUACUUUUCUGCCAUGAUACUUUACCCUGAAUCCUCAAAAGUCAGUGUUUUCAUUUUGUCUUUCUAAAUCACAACUACUUCUUUUUUAGACCUUUGUUUUCAGUGUGUUGUGAUUAUUUUUGAGAGUGCACGGCGGCUGUCUGAGAUGAUAGAGGAUUUACUUUUAGUGAGGAGAGGAGAGCCUCUAGAUAUAUAAUCACAUUUCGGACGGUGGAUGGAGGCCUGUUUGGAAGAGCUCAUGUGAUGGAUAAAAUCAAGAUUGGUCAAUGAAGAAUGGGCAGGUGUCACAGGUAGAGGGAGUGGCCUGGUGCUGUCAGUACCUCUGCUGGUCAUCAUCAUGACAACAGAGUCCCGCUCAUCCCAUCAGUGCUGCUGGCUCGGUUCACCUUCUAGAUACCAAACAUGGCUUCAGCUGGUCUGGGUGCUGCUGGUGGGUAUGAGCCUGGGCACGUGGGCCCAGCAGGGCACCCAGCCCCAGUCCAUCAAAAUCGAGGGUGACAUCACCUUAGGUGGGCUGUUCCCUGUGCACUCUCGGGGCCCUGCUGGGGUGCCGUGCGGGGAGGUCAAGAGAGAAAAGGGGAUCCAUCGAUUGGAGGCCAUGCUGUACGCCUUGGACCAGAUCAACAGUGACCCUGACCUGCUGCCUAACAUCACUCUGGGGGCCAGGAUCCUGGACACCUGCUCCAGAGACACCUACGCCCUGGAGCAGUCGCUCACCUUUGUCCAGGCCCUCAUCCAGAAGGACAACUCAGAUGUGCGAUGCUCAAACGGAGAGCCUCCCAUCAUCCCCAAACCAGAGAGGGUGGUCGGGGUCAUCGGGGCGUCUGGCAGCUCUGUGUCCAUUAUGGUGGCCAAUGUACUCAGACUGUUUUCGAUCCCACAGAUCAGCUAUGCCUCCACUGCCCCAGAGCUGAGCGACAACAGCCGCUAUGAGUUCUUCUCCCGUGUGGUGCCUCCAGACUCCUACCAGGCUCAGGCCAUGGUGGACAUCGUCAAAGCCAUGGGCUGGAACUAUGUCUCCACACUGGCCUCUGAGGGCAACUAUGGAGAGAGUGGCGUCGAUGCCUUCCUCCAGAUAUCCAGAGAAGCAGGGGGGCUGUGUAUCGCACAGUCCAUAAAGAUUCCCAGAGAGCCCAGACCAGGGGAAUUUGAGAAGAUCAUCAAAAGACUGAUGGAGACCUCUAAUGCUCGUGGGGUCAUCAUCUUUGCCAACGAGGACGACAUCAAACGGGUGUUACAGACUGCCAAAAAGGCCAACCUGACUGGCCACUUCCUGUUUGUUGGCUCCGACAGUUGGGGGGCCAAAAACUCCCCCAUUCAGGACCUGGAGGAUGUGGCUGAGGGCGCUGUCACCAUCCUACCAAAAAGAGCCUCUAUUGAUGGGUUCGAUCAGUACUUCACUUCAAGAUCUCUGGAAAACAAUCGAAGAAACAUCUGGUUUGCAGAAUUCUGGGAGGACGACUUCAAGUGCAAACUAACCCGGCCUGGCAUAAAGUAUGAACUUGGUAGAAGAAAAUGUACAGGUGAGGAAAGAAUCAGUCAAAACUCUCAGUACGAACAGGAGGGCAAGGUGCAGUUUGUGAUUGAUGCUGUGUACGCCAUGGCCCACGCCUUACACAGCAUGCACAUAGACCUGUGUCCUGGCUACAUGGGUGUCUGCGAGAAGAUGGACCCUGUGGAAGGACGGAUGCUCCUCCAAUACAUUCGCUCUGUCAACUUCAAUGGCAGCGCAGGAACUGGAGUGAUGUUCAAUGAGAACGGAGACGCUCCUGGACGUUAUGACAUCUUCCAGUAUCAACUGUCUAAUGUCAGCAACCCUGGCUACAGGCUUAUCGGCCAGUGGACAAACCACCUCCGACUCAAUUCGGAGGAGAUGCAGUGGUCAGGUGGUGACCGUAAGAUCCCUGAGUCAGUGUGCAGUUUCCCCUGCGAGUCCGGAGAGAGGAAAAAGAUGGUGAAGGGCGUUCCCUGCUGCUGGCACUGCGAACUCUGCGAUGGCUACCAGUACCUGCUGGAUGAGUUCUCCUGCGACAUGUGCCCCUUUGACAUGAGGCCCUUAGAGAACCGCACAGGCUGCCGGCCCACGCCCAUCAUCAAGCUGGAGUGGAGCUCUCCCUGGGCCAUCAUCCCUGUCUUCCUGGCCAUCCUGGGCAUCCUGGCCACCUCCGGAGUUAUUAUCACCUUCAUCCGCUUCAAUGACACACCCAUCGUUAGGGCCUCCGGCAGAGAGCUCAGCUACGUUUUGCUGACGGGCAUCUUCCUCAUCUACCUCAUCACCUUCCUCAUGAUAGCUGAGCCAAGCACCGCCGUGUGCGCCUUCCGCAGGCUGCUGCUGGGGCUCGGCAUGAGCAUCAGCUACUCCGCCAUGCUCACCAAGACCAACCGAAUCUACCGCAUCUUCGAACAGGGCAAGAAGUCGGUCACACCCCCGAAAUUUAUCAGUCCCACCUCUCAGCUGAUUAUCACCUUUAUACUUAUCUCAGUGCAGGUACUCGCAGUGUUCAUCUGGUUUGGCGUGAUGCCCCCCCACACCAUCAUCGAUUACGAGGAGCAGAAGCCCCCAAACCCAGAGUUUGCCCGCGGGGUCCUCAAGUGUGACAUGUCCGACCUGUCCCUCAUCUUGUGUCUGAGCUACAGUAUCGUACUGAUGAUCACCUGCACUGUGUACGCCAUAAAGAGCAGAGGAGUUCCUGAGACCUUCAACGAGGCCAAACCCAUCGGCUUCACCAUGUACACGACCUGCAUCGUCUGGCUGGCCUUUGUACCCAUCUUCUUUGGCACAGCGCAGUCUACGGAGAAGAUGUUCAUCCAGACCACCACCCUGACAGUGUCCAUGAGCCUGAGCGCAACCGUGUCCCUGGGCAUGCUCUACAUCCCCAAGGUCUACGUCAUCAUCUUCCACCCAGAGCAGAACGUCCAGAAGAGGAAGCGCAGCUUCAAAGCCGUGGUGCAGGCAGCCACUGUAACCACGCAACUGUCCCAGAAGUCCAACGACAAACAGAACGGAGAGUCCAAGAUCGUGCCGGACAGAUCACAGUAAAAGAAAUGAAACUGGGUCUAUGUUUUCAUCACUGUCACAAGCCCACACUGAGACAGCUGAUGUGAAAAUCAGCAUUUACUUUAGUUUUGUCUGGAUUCUCUCCCCUCCUCCCGGGCUGAAACGCCAGCAAAAACGUUCCUGGAUGUUGUUUCUUCUCACACUUACUUAGAUAUCUCAGAUCUACUAAACCUGGAAGGAAGCACAAAAAGGAACAGAAAUGAUCUUCCUUAAAAUGGACAACAGAGAAGUGGAAGGAUGUUGAGCUGUACUGAAUGAACUGCGACAUUUAAGAGUAUUCUUUUUGUAACAACAUCCACAUAUACUUGAGAAGGAGGUGUUAUUAGUUUUAACUUUCCCUGGGAAAUGCUGUUUAGGGAAAAAAAAUAAGUUAAGCUUAAAUGGCGUCCUUUGUCCUACAGGAAAAUGUUUAUGUAUGUGGAAAACCCAUGAGGUCAAUGAAGCGUUGUUUACUGGCUCCAAAAGCACUGCAUGGAUUGGAUGUUUUGUGUGUCCAUGAAUGUUUUGAAAUAUUGUUUGUCUGGGGUGUCACUUUUUCUUCUGAUUGCACUGGAAGGAACUAGCUUUUGAAAUGCACCGCCAUGUCCUGUUACUAUUUCUGAUACAAUCCCCUGGGAAGGUAUAAUCAAUCACAUUACUAUAACCACACACACAGGAGAACCAUUCAGUGUCUAAUCACUAAUGCAACAAAGCAUUUUAUUUAAAUUAGUGUUAUGUAUGCCAUUCUUACUAUAGUACAAGCAGGUUUUCCUUGUGGUAACUGUACAUUUGUGAAUGCAAACAGGAUGCAAGGUGAUUGUGAACCGGAUAUUUAUGUUCAACCUGGUACUUUUACUCCAGUGGAAAACAAUGUUUGGCAUUUCCCCAUAUUGUUUGUCAAAAAUAUCAAGUAAUCUCCUUGAAGGCCAGCCUGUAAGGCAACAUGCCAGAAGACAAGCUACUGUUACGUUCAUGCAUGGGAACCUCAUCAGAAAGCUUCACGUCAUCAGUUGUAUUUGAUAGAUUUUGUGCCAUGAUAAAGGUCCUCUACCACUACAAGUUCUCUUUUCUGCAAACAUUAUUAGUCAUUUAACACAAGUUAAGGGUAAAAUUAACUACAGUCCCUUAUUUGCAGUGUACUUCUUGUUGUUACUUGUUCACAACGUACAACUCAGGUUUUACGGAUGGGGUUUUAAAAGACAUUUUUUCUUCAGGAUUUCCUUUGUACUGGCGCAGCCUUUUCAAUACAAAUGAAUUCAGCAGUAGCACGUGCAGUGCAUUUCCCCUCACAGUUCAGGAGAGCUGCGAGAUUCAUGUCCUCAUGUGAGAAAAUGCUGGUUGUACUGCCCUCUGCAGGAGAGCGCACCUCAGUGAAAUAUCUGUGAAUAAAAGUCACAGUCAAGAGGGAAUUGUUUGUAGACCCCACACAAACCUUAAUAAAAAAAAAUAUUGUUUAUUA